GUUUACGUCCCUCCCCACCACCAGUCGUGCUCACAACUACUAUUACAGCGACGGAGAGAGGCAGUCGUAUCCUCAGCGCAUGGAACCAGCACUCUGGUGUGUUCACUAUUCUUUUCGUGUGGUCGAAAAUUUCAAAUUUUCCACUGUGGUGCGCGUUUGCAGUUAGUGAGUGAUGCACGUGGACAUGAUUCACGGAUUAGCAUUUCGUUUGUGAUAACGGUGCCUGCACCCCUUGUGGUGUUUACAGUUCAAUUCGAGGGUGUUGACAUUUCACUACCUGCAAUACAACACAACUAUUCUUCGCGCCAAUCAAUUACAAAUUGUGGCCUUCCAGUAUAUUUUAUAACUUAUACUAGUUUUUGUUGUGUAUUUACAAAGUGUGUUAUAAAUAAGGGAUACAUUUGGGGGACUCUAAAUCCACCCCUUUUACUAUAGAGCUACAACACUCAACAGUAAGUAACCUGCUUCCAGUAACAUAACUUUUAUGAAUAUUAUGUUGAUAAGCCUAAUACUGAACUUAAACUUUCAUUAUAACUGAAGCUUAAAUUAUAAACAUUGUGAUACCAUCACAUUUGUGAUAGUAAUUGAGGUUAUGUUCAUAUACUGUGCCAAGCUUCCAGUUUGAUAUUGUAUAAGUUACCACUGUUUACCGCAAAAUUCAACCAUGUUGAAGUUGCUGGGAGGUCUGAAGGACUACUUGAAGUGGCAGGAGAUCUACACAGACAAUGCAGUGUUCCGUCUGCACAAUCUAUUUACAACUGUGCUUCUGCUGGCAUGCUCGCUGAUAAUAACAGCCACCCAGUAUGUCGGCAACCCGAUUCAGUGCAUCGUGAAAGGCCUGCCGGUGCCACCGAUCAAUACGUACUGCUGGAUUACGUCCACGUACACGAUGCCUGACGCGUUCCAGCGGCAAAUGGGGGUGGCUGUCGCGCAUCCCGGAAUCGCCAACGACUUCAACGACGAGAGUGCCAAGAAGUACUACAGCUACUACCAGUGGGUCUGCUUCGCCCUGUUCUUCCAGGCCAUCCUCUGCUACACGCCCAAGUGGCUGUGGGACGCCUGGGAGGGAGGCCUGAUGCGGACUGUCGUCAUGGGUCUCAACCACGGACUCUGUCGUGACGAGGACCGCUGCAAGAAGAAGAAAGCUUUGAUCGAGUACCUGCUCAGGCAUAUCAAGCGGCAUAACAUGUACGCUAUGCGCUAUUGGAUAUGCGAGGCGCUGUGUCUGGUGAACAUUCUCGGCCAGCUGUACUUCAUGGACCGCUUCUUCGACGGCGAAUUCCUGCGCUACGGGCUGCGGGUGAUGUCCUUCUCCGACCAGGCGCAGGAGGAGAGGAUCGACCCCAUGGUGUUCGUCUUCCCCAGGGUGACCAAGUGCACGUUCCACAAGUACGGUCCCUCCGGCUCCAUCCAGAAGCACGACUCACUCUGCAUCCUGCCGCUGAACAUCGUCAACGAGAAGACCUACAUCUUCAUCUGGUUCUGGUUCAUCAUCCUGGCCAGCCUGCUCACCAUGCUCAUCAUAUACCGGCUGGUGAUCAUCUGCUGUCCGGCCAUCCGACCGGGUCUGCUGCGAUUCAGGAACCGGAUGGUCGCCCGCGAGGUCGCAGAGGCAGUCGUCCGCAAGACGGACAUCGGUGACUGGUGGGUGCUCUACAUGCUCGGCCAAAACAUGGAUCCUCUCAUCUACCGCGAGGUGCUCGCCGAACUCGCCAAAAAGAUCGAGAUUGUUCCCAGCCAUAGUCAAUGAUAUAGGGUUGACAAGAAACAGCUACCUAGUGUUUCCAUACAGAUUGAUACCUAGUACUGGUUCUUUGAUAACAAGCAGCUACCUAGAGUUCCAAUAAAAUUUGUAUCAACCUAGUAUUGACUUGGGUCAGGACCUCCUACAUACAUAUAAGCUGCGUUUACACCAAAGUUAUUAACAAAAUGUUAAUAACUUAAUCCUUAUAGAUUCUAUUACAUUUAACGGAACUUGACAAACACAUAUGUUCAUCAUGUGUAUGAUAAGUUAUGUUCAAUCUAAUAGAAUCUAUACGGUGAGGAUUAAGUAAUUAAAUCCCUAUUGAGUCUAUUACAUUGAACGGAACUUGACAAA